AUGGAAGAUAACACCGCGUCCAACAAGCCCACCUCGAGAGUAAUAGACUCGUUGCACUCACAAAUCGACGACUUGAAGACCGAGUUGGAGACUGUCAAAAUAUCCCACGACGACUACAAGAAGAAGUAUGUUUUAGUCUCUCAGAAGAAUGACUCGUUUGUCGAUCAAUUGGCCAACGCCAAACAUGAAAAUGAUAUGAUAAACGCUUUAUUGAAGAGAAAGGAAAGAAGAAUAGCCGAUUUGGAAGACCAAUAUAACGAGUUGUCUUCGAGCAACGAAUCGUUACAGUUGAACAACAAAAACAUGAAAAUCAGAUGUGAAAACUUGCAACAGUCAUCGGCGUCGUCUACGGCAGAAUACGAACGUUUGAAGAUUGCCUACGACGCCUUGAUUGCAUCUCAGGUAGAAUACAAGAGACAUUACCAGAAGGAGUUGAAUACACUUGCCUCAAAGCUUGAGGCCUACAAAACAGAAAACAAACAGAGAUUUCAAGACUUGUCUUCCAAGUUGUCGAGUAAUGACAAGGAUAUCGACACCUUGUUGGAUAGUAUGACCAAUAAGAGAAAGGCCUUGGACAAUCUCUACGUCAACAAGAACAAAACCAUCUUGGAAUUAUUGACGUCGUUGGCUAAGGCUGCUAAGAUACAUGGUUUGGAUACCAAAUCUACUCUCGAAGAGAACACCGUAGCCAUACUGUCGUUAUUGGAGAAAUACCCCGAUUUACAAGAAAAGAUUUUGACUCACGAAAAAGUAGAAGUCGAUUUGGAUGAGCUAAUAAGUGAGUCUAAUGAAACGUUGUCCAACUGCUCCUUUGAAUCGGAAGCUACGUUAGUUAAUUCUCCGGAAUUAUCUGAUUCUGCAUCUCAGAGCAAGAAUGCUGACCAUCUCAAACAGGACGUAAAAGCUUCGUCGCUUUCCAGAAGUAACACUCUACAAGCCAAGAAACGUAAGAAUAAGAGAAAUUCAGUCAGAAUCGAUUCCAAGAGUGGCCCAGAUUUCUCUAGUAUUACAACACCAACAACUGGUCAGUUUGCAUUGCCUAAAAAGCCUACUUUCACGAGCAACAACGAUAAUAGAGGCUUCUCCAGCAGAUCUCCUCUGGAUUCGUCCAGAAAUAUCACACCUCCGCAUCAAGAUUAUGAAAUCAACCCCAAAUUCCAAAACCAGAAUGUGCAUCUCAACAAUGACACUAACAACAAGGGCGGAAACUACAAUAAUAACAAUAAUAACAGAUCAAAAAGAAAAUCCUUGUAUGGUGGACAAUAUAAUUCAAAGAGAAAUUCCCAAAUCAUAGAUCCUAAUGCAUUGAAUAUUUCGAUGACUACCUAG